AUGUCGGCCUUCGACGAGAAGAACCAGUAUGCCGUUGGCACUGGUGCCGAGUCACCCAACCAUGGUGUCAAGGACAUCAUCCACGAGAAGGGCAACGCCAUCGGCGAAGCUGCUGAAAUGUACGGCGACAUUCAGACAGCCGAGCAGUACGGAUACGUCCAGCGUGGCCUCAAGUCGCGGCACAUCCAGUUCAUCGCUCUUGGCGGUACAAUUGGUACUGGUCUCUUCCUUGGUAUUAGCAGCGCUUUCGCCAACGCUGGUCCUCUUUCUGUCCUGCUUGGUUACACGAUCACUGGUGUCGCGGUCUUCGGAAUGAUGCAAUGUCUCGGUGAGAUGGCGACCUGGCUUCCGCUUCCUGGUGCUCUUCCUCAGUACUGCGCUCGUUACACGGACCCCGCUCUUGGCUUCGCUGUCGGAUGGAACAACUGGUACCAGAACGCCAUCACUCUCUGCGCCGAGAUCUCUGCUGCCGCUCUUGUCAUCGAUUUCUGGGAUCAGGAAGGCAAGAUCUCGCCUGCUGUCUGGAUUACAAUCAUCAUCGUGAUCAUCGUCGCCCUCAACAUCUUUGCCGUCAGCAUUUAUGGUGAAGCGGAGUUCGUAUUUGCGUCGAUCAAGAUCAUCACCAUCCUCGGCCUGCUCCUCGUCGCUCUCGUAAUCAUGCUCGGUGGUGCUCCUGAUCACGACCGCCGCGGCUUUAGGUACUGGAAGGAGGGUGCAAUGAAAGAGUACGUCGGUACUGGCUCUACUGGUCGCUUCACUGGUCUCUGGUCCACUCUUGUUAACGCUGCCUUCUCGUACGGUGGUGUCGAGAUGGUCGCUGUUGCCGCUGGUGAGGCCGCCAACCCUCGCAAGAACAUUCCCAAGGCCGUUCGCCGUGUCUUCUGGCGUAUCCUCUUCUUCUACGUCCUCGGUUCCUUCAUGAUCGGUGUCACCGUUUCCAGCAACGACCCCGCUCUUACUGAUGACAACGCCAAAGGUGCUCAGAGCUCCCCAUGGGUCAUUGCCAUGAAGAACGCUGGUAUCCCAGCACUGCCCCAUAUCAUCAACGCCGUCAUCUUGACAUCAGCCACUUCGUCCGGUAACGCCUUCUUGUACUCUGGCUCGCGUUACAUGUUCGCUCUCGCCCAGAACGGCCAGGCUCCCAAGUUCCUGUUGAAGUGCAGCAAGACUGGUGUCCCAUUUUACUGCGUCGCUAUCACAGCUUCCAUCAGUCUCCUCACUUAUAUGAGUGUCUCUACUGGUGCCAAUACCGUCUUUCUGUGGUUCCAGAACCUGACCACCAUUGCCCAGCUCUUCACCUGGUGCUCUGUCUGCUACACCUACACCCGUUUCCGCAAGGCACUCAUCGCCCAGGGCGUUGACCGUAACACCCUGGUCUUCAAGAGCAAGUGGCAACCAUACACUGCCUGGAUUGCUUUCGUCUACUUCGCUCUGAUCAUCGUUUUCAACGGCUUCAAGGUGUUCACCCAGACGAAGGGUGGCUGGGGCUCUGAUCAGCUCACUUCCUUCUUCACUGCCUACGUUGGUGUCCCCAUCUUCGUCCUGCUAUACGCUUUCUGGAAGAUCUUCAAGCGUACGAAGUUCGUCAACCCUGCUGAGGCCGACAUCUGGUCCGGCAAGGCUGCUCUUGACGCCGAGGUUUGGCCUGAGCAGGUUCCCAGGAAUGCUCUCGAGAAGUUCUGGUUCUGGCUGUGCUAA